AUGACGUUUAGCCGCUGCCACACCCCUCCACCGGGUACCGAGAGUUUGGACUAUGACCUUCACGAGAGCCCCAUGAUCAUGCAGUUUGUGAACAAUCAGCAGAUGGCGCUGACCCAGGGGAACUGCUUUCUCCGAUCUUUGGGUCAGAGUAGCCUCUGGAGGCAGAACGGCCGUGGUAUCAUCCGCUGGCUCAUCAUCUGCCUAGCGGGACUUAGCACAGGCUUCGUUGCCUCGAUGAUCGACCUGGGCCUGGGGUAUUUUCAGAAGCUGGAGUUCUUCCUUCUGAAAUCCAGCAUCAAGGCCAACGAUCACUGGGCCCCGACGUAUUUCGUGUUCUUGGCAUUUCGCAUGGCGUUGGCCAGCGUGGCAGGCUUCUGCGUUUGUUUCGUGGAGCCUUUGGCUGCUGGAUCUGGAAUCCCCGAGAUCAAGUCUUUCCUGAACGGAUUUGGAUGCACAAGCUAA